AUGUGGGGUUCACCUCGCAAACCCAAGGCCGCCCAAGUGCGCCCCUCCUCGUCCGUGAGCGACGGCGGCUACACCAGCAUCGAUCUGAACUCCAUCGCCAAUGGGGACGUCCGCGAGAUCCUCUCGGCGCUGUGUCCCGGGGGCCAGACUCUGACUGCGCAGCAGCUGCAGCAGGCGAAAAUGCUCGCAGCAGCUGCCCGUAGCGGCGGAAUCUUGAUCAGCCAGCUUCCGGAGACCAUCCAGGGCGAGGCCAAGGUUCUCGACCUCGACGGCAGCAACGUCCUCGACAGUCACGAGGUGUCCGAGGCCGUCCGUGCGCUGAUCAAGGCGCGCAGGGAGCGCCGCAUCCUCAUGCGGGUGGUGCUCGGUCUCGCCGUUUUCUCCCUCUUCUUCCUGGGCUCCAUCGUGGGCCUCGUGUGGGCCGUCUUCACGCUGGCGCAGGACACCAAGGUCGACUCCGGCGUGAUGGUCGACAAGGACAGCGGCGCGCCCGUGCAGGUCUCCUCGACGGAGACGACGACCACCGCCUCGGGCGCGCUCGUGAGCCGCACCACGGGCGGCCCCGUCAAGGUCUCGGCCAGUCUGACCGAGGCCACGCUCUCCUCCACCAUCCCCGACGAGAUCCUCAUGGAGAUGCGCUUCCUGAAGCUCAGCGGCGCCACGGGCGUGAUGAACGUGGCCGUCAACGCCGCGACGCGCGUGCAGACGGAGCGGUCCCGCCACGGCUCCAUCGUCGUGCUGCACACGGCGCUCGGCAGCAUCCGGCUCGACGGCACCGCCCUCAGCCCCGACGCCACCGCCGCGGAAGCCCUGCAGUCCAUCGGGUUCUUCGCGCCCAGGUCGGGCCGCCGCGGCCGCGCCCUGAAGCAGAUUGGCCUCGUGGCGGGGCUCUUCAACUACGUGCUCGAAGACCAGCUGGCGUCGAUGUUUGCCGGCAACUCCACCGCCGACGAUCGGCCCGACGUGCCCGUGCCCGAGUUCCCCGAGGAGUACACCGCCAACGCGACGAUCUACCACCCCUGCGACGGGAUCGACAAGGAGGGCAACCCCAUCAACAAGUGCCGCUCUUGUACCCCCGUGUUCGACCCUGACGUUGCGCCGAACGGGACAUUCGUCGAGCACUGCGUCGAGUCGCCCGUGGUGGUGACGUUUCGCGGGAAGCAGUACGUGCCCGUGCGUGAGUGGACCGUGUCGCUCGACGAGCGCGCCUACACGCACCGCACCAUCCCUGCCGCGGUCAACCAGACCGAGCACGAGAUCUGGGACUACGAGAACGCCACGCAGUACCGCUGGCAGUCGGUCGACGUCGACGUCGGCUUCCCCCGCUACCUGCACUGCGGCUCCAAUCCCGCCCUACCCCUGCAUCUGAUGGGCGUCGCGUACAACGCCUCCUGGACCGUCGAGGAAGUGAGCGCGGGCGCGAAUGGCGGCACCGAGUGGCGCAUGCGCGGGCACCUCACGAUUCGCGAGGACGUCGUCGAGGCCCUCAGUGGCCAGGUCGACACCAACGGCGCGCCAAUGUCGCUCGUCCCCGAGAUCAACGUCGACGUCGUCGUCGACGACGAAGGCAUGGUGACUGAGAUGUACAACGACAUCACCAAUACCAUCACCGUCUUCGACAACAUCGCGACCAUCCCGGAGCACCAGGUCGAGGCGCUCAAGCAGCAGUACCUGACGCACUACCCCACGGACCCUGCAACGCAGUGCGGCGGGCGUGACGCCCCGCAGCCGCCGCUCCCGACGGGGCUCGCUCGGUCCGAGACCGCGUCGCCGGAAGACAUUCCCGUGCCGUACGAGGAGGUCGUGCCGAGGAUCCGCAGCGUGUACGGCGUGCUCAACCAGCCGCUGCUCUCUUUCUCCCCCGAGUUCGCCUUGUAUCAGGCCAUACAGCUCCGCAUCCAGUACACCAACACGACGGACGGUGACGCCACGGGCCGCCGUGCGCUGGUCGACGCGCUGGUGGAGACGGAAGCCUUCCAGACGCGCAUGCGCCGCCGUCUGACGGUCGGUGAGGAGGUGCGCGCGGCCGUGGACGAGUACGUGGCCGCCGAGGAUCUCACGAGCGCCGUGCGGGCCUACCGCCGCGUGAUGGCGAGCCUCGACGGGGAGUACGAGGUGACGUUCGGCGAGGACGACGGGCCCGCGGGGCAGCCGGGCGCGACUCGCCGGGCCCUGGAGUUCUUGGACACAGUGCCCGAGGAGGAAUUGUCGCACAUCGAGGCGGCACUGCGGGGCGGGCGGCGGCACCGCGCGCUCGAGGAGCUGGCGGGUGAGGACGGUGCGCUCGUCGCGGAGGGCGCGACGCUGCUCGUUGGAAAGCCGGGCGAGGCCCCCCAAAGGCGCGUGCUUCAGUGCGGGUUUCCCAUCGAAGUCGAUUGGAAGGUCUUCACACUGUCGUUCUUGGAAGACAGGUGCUACGACGGCUGGAUCGGCAGCAUCGGAUACACGUUCUCGGUUUCCUCCGACAUCGUGCCCAAACUCCCCGUGUGCGCGAUCACGGGCUCGCUUACAGUCUUCAUCACGGCACCUGACAGCCCUGAUGGCACAACCAUCGGAGCGGCGGGUGACAUCAAUCUGUCGUGUGGGCCGGCAGCCAUUUUGAGGAAGGCGGGGGCCAAGGGGGUGUGGCUCGAGGUCGUUGACGAAUUGGUCAGGUUCGAGGCCGGCAUCACGGCCAAACUCGCCAUGGGCAGCUCAGUCGCAAUCUGGAACCCACUCGACUUUGGAGUUUCGCUCGCUCCCUUCGUGCUCGAGCAGCAGCUCGAGAUGCAGGCGUACCUCAAUGUCAAUUUUGGCCUUCCACGCGUCACCUCUCAAAUGACGGCCUUUGUGGAGUGGUGGGCGCCCAUUGCGGGGUACGGUCGCGAGGAGUACGUCGUUCCAAUGGGGAGUGUCAUCGACGACAGUCGCCAGUUUGCCUACUUCACCGUCGCGGGCUUCAAUGCAUAUAGUUGCAAGGACACGCAGUGGCCCUCCUUGCCUUUUUGA